AUGGUCGACUUGCGACCGGUUGUCGACGCGCCGGACGUCGCGCCGCCUGCGCUGCCCCUCCGCCCCACCAGCGCACGAGAAGACGAAAAAGAAGAAGACGACGACGACGACGACGACGACGAGGCCGAGUGCCGCGUCUGCCGCAGCGAGGCCGAGCCCCAGCGCCGGCUCUUUGCGCCCUGCAAGUGCAGCGGCAGCAUCCGCUUCACCCACUCGGACUGCCUCGAGCAGUGGCUCGCGCACUCGGGCAAGAGCUUCUGCGAGCUCUGCGGUCACGAGUUCACGUUCACGCCGCUCUACGACGUGGACGCGCCGGACGUGUUGCCCUGGACAGAGCUGCUGGCCACGGGCCUGCGCGUGGUGCUGCUCAAGUGGCUGCCGUUCGCCCUACGGGCCGCGCUCGUGCUUGUGCUGUGGCUCGCAGCUACGCCGUGGUGCACGAGCUGGCUCUACCGCAUGUGGCUCCUGCGGGCGUCGGCCAUGGUGAACGUCAGCUUUGCCGAGCGCUUUGACGCGCCGCACGUGGUCGCCGACGUGUUCUCGGGGCUGAUCUUGAUCGUGUGCAUUGUGUUUUCGUUCCUGGCGCUCAUGUCGUUUGCUGACUUUCUGCGGUUCCACUUGGACCACAUUGAAGAAGAAAUGGCAGCAGAUGACGUGCUGCAGCAGCAGCAGCAGCGCCAUCUUGUCCGGCGUGAUGGACGACUGGACGUCCGACGUGCGCCGCUUGGAGGAGGUGUGGUACUGGACGAUGUCAUGGAGAAUGAACGAGAAGCAGAGCUGAGACGUGGACGUCCAGUGGCUGAGGGCGCCAGGAGGCUGGACCGUGUGGACGAGAACGUUGGUUCGGGUGACGAAUCGUCCGACGAAGAGGAGUGGGCUGGUCCGAAUCGAGACGACCGCGGUGCAGAUGCUUUUGUCCAGCCCCGUGAGCUUGGACACGUGCCUCCUGCUGAAGAUGUUGAUCCGGUGCUGGAGCCGCAGCAUGAGCUUCGGCAGCGUCGACCGCUGCGUGACGCGCCGGAUGUGGAACACGAGCGAGGACUUGGUGGAGCUCCCGGAGCUGUCCCUGGAGUCGCACCGAACCGCGUGCAUCCACAAUUACCAAACGCAAACGAGCGUGAGUGGGAAGAUGACUUUGAGCACAUGGAGAUCAACAUUGCAAUGGACGAGCUUCUUGGCCUACGUGGAGACUUUAUUGUAUUGUUUCGCAAUGUGUCGUGGCUGCUGGCAUUCAACGGUGCUUACCUCGGCCUGUUCGCGUUCAUCCCGUAUACGCUGGGUAGUACUUUGCUGUCCGCCGGUGCCAGAAUCGUUACGUCGCUACCAGUUGCCCCAGCUGCGUUUGUCACUUUCACUACACUGGAAUCAGCUGCUGAUAAGGAUCUGUCGGUUGGUGCUUUUCUCGUGAAGACACUACUGCAAUCGAUUGAGACGGCCAAGCUAGAAGGCGACUGCUUGCAGCUUGUGGAUCUGUGCACUUGUACGAUGGGCUAUUUGUCUAUUUGCUUGACGAUCGUGCUAUGGAGAUUUAUGGUGAGGACUGCUUCGUCCUACAUCCAUCGUCCUCUCAUGGACGGUCUGCUAUGGGCUUUGCGCUGUUUGACGGCAAUUGUGAAGGUGUCGACAUUGUUGUUGCUGAAGAUGGUGAUCCUGCCGAUCAUACUGGGUGUCUGUAUCGACUUUGCGACGCUUCACUUGUUCGCGGUGUCUGCGCAAGACCGCAUUGCGUUUUGCAUGCAGAAUAUGAUCUGCUCGUUGAUGGUGCACUGGGUGCUGGGCAUCACAUUUAUGCUUUGUGUAACUGUGUCGGUCUUGCAAUUGCGAGAAGUGGCCCACCCAGACAUUCUGGCCAAGGUUAUUCGGCCACAGGAAGACCACCCGGACCUUCUGCGUACGCUUCUGAGUGAGCGGUGCGUCAAGCACGCUCGCCGUAUGAUUCUGUCGCUCGUCAUCUAUGCCGUGCUACUGCUGGUCCUCGUGCACGCUCCUGUCCGUAUUGCAAGCGGUCUCGUGCCCUCGUUCUUCCCGCUGACGCUUCGCUUUCAGCACUUUAGCCCGGAAAUUCAAGUGCCGCUGGAGCUGUUUGUAGCUCACGUAGUUGUGCUGAGCGUGUUGGAGCACGCAAAGAACGCCGUUGGCAAGUUCCAACAUCUCGGAAUUGUGUUUGCAAGCAAGAGGUUGGGUCUGGUGGAGUAUCUGCUGCCACAAACUGAGUUGGAGUUUGUCGCAAACGGCCAGCGUGAGUCAAAGGUCGUGGUUCUGCCACCACCGCCUCUUCACUUCCACCCGCGCGCACAACUGCCUCCUGAACAACUGCGUGUCGAUGGUCAUCGAUACUUGCCGUGGCCCGAGGAUGGGUUGGAUGAUUCGCAACCCGUCGAGUAUCCGCUGCUUCCGAGAGCGAGGCCAUCUUGUCUUUGGGUUCGACUCGCUGGAUUGGCAUUGUUUAUGUGGGCAGUUUGCGUCAUCGUGAUUGGAACGUUUUUGUUUGGAUCACUCUACAUUGGGCGGGUUUGCAUGGGUCCGUUUGAGCGUGUGACUGGUAUCAGCCAUGACCCGCUCGUGAUGGCAGCGGGUGUGCAAAUAGUCUGGUAUAUUGUAAAGAGCGUUCAUACGCUGAACAUUCUGAUGCUUCCGGAAGACCGCGUGGAUCAGUCUUUGGUCCGACGCGGGUACUCCGUCCGUAACAUGACGCCCGCAAACGCUGUGAUUUGUGCCGUGGGCUGGUCGUUUGUAUGUCCACUUCUCCUGGGCGAGUUAAUGUCUUUGUGCGUUGCGAGCGCAAACGCUACAACUGUGGAAAGUCUGUUGACGGGCUAUUUGGUGCUCAACCUGCUUGCGUGGCUGGUUUGCUGCUUUCGAACGAAGCGCAUCAAUGGACGCCGACUGGAGCGCCAAGCAGCCCUAGACGAGCUCGUACCAGGCGAAGAUGGAUUCCUGGACGUAGACGAAGAGAACGAGCUGUUUGAAGACGAGUUGAAUGACGACGAGUUGGAAGAAGAAGAGAGAUUGAUGCAUGAGGAGGGCGCUGCUAUGGCCGGUGCCGCUGCUGCUGAAUCGGUGGGCUUCAUUACUGCUUUACGAAAGUCUUAUCGUCAACUCCUGUUCAACGUGACAGUCCACGAAAGUGAAGCGAUGCGGCUUCGUCAAGAUAACAUUCGGGAGAAGUGUUUCGACGUGGUAUAUUUUCAGAAGAAAGUAUUGUUGCCCAUGGUGGCGUUCCUAGUUGGAAUGCUAGUGCUGCCGUGGCUGUUGUCCUCGGUAGUUUUGCUGGUCGUGUCCUCUGAGAGAGCCAGCUACGAGAAAACAGCAUUUGCCACGUGCGCGUUCUGGGUCGGCGCGGUGUUUGUGCUGGUCCGCUUGCACUCGCACGUCGCCCAAUGGCUGUCAGACCUGAGCGAGUCGAUUCGCAAUGAGCGCUAUUUGAUCGGCCGCCAGCUGCAGGACAUGGUCCGUUAG